AUGAACAGCAAUAAUACCCACCAAGAUACUCCUCCGUCGAUUUCGAAGAAAAGAGGGAAACAGUGUGCCGUUUACGGCUGUCACAACAGCUAUUACAAUGACAAGGGGCUCUUCGCCGGUUACCAUUGUAACCUUAUAAAGCGGCAACAUGGAAAGGAUGACUUCAAUGUAACUGCUGCAACUGUUGUUUGCAGUGAACAUUUUAGACAAGAAGAUAUUAUAAGAAAAUUGACCCGCAGGUACUUAAAGAAAGGUAUGUGACAUGCAAAAUAGAUAUAAAAAAGUCAUAUAUAGUAAAUAUUUCAUUACAGCUGCAUUAUCAGCUAAGUUUUUGUUCCUUUGUACAUUAAGCUUUAAAAUUGUAACACUGUAUAGCUUUUGACUGAAGGUUGGCCCUUCACAUCGAAGGAAAUAUAGUUACCCCAAUACAACAUUUCAAUACCAUUGGAUUACUGUUGUGCAUCAUUAAUUGUAACAAAUUCCCUAGUGCCAUAUAGAUGUACUGAGAUCAAAAACAUUUAAACUGACAUUACAGUUAAGUAUUUUUCAUAACUGUAUCAAAAUGACCAUUAACACCACAACAUGUUCAUUUAUUAUGGUCAUGUAAUUAUUUUGAUUUUUAUUGCAUUUUGUUUUAAGGUGCUGAGCCAUCUCAGUUUUCAUGGAGCAUGCCAAAAAAGUCUCGAAAAGCUCCUCCAAGGCAAACCCAGACUAAAGUAGUUUUAGCUCAGGAAAUGGAUGUUGCAGACUCCUCGGAAGUCACUGAAGACGCAAUAAUCAUAUCAGUGCCACCUGAAAUAGUUUCCACCGCAGUCAGCAGCAGUCAAUGUUCAAAUUCAUUAGCUAAUGAUCUGGAUCGAGCUGAAACCUCUAAAGGCAAUGUUGUUGAACAACUACAGAGGCAUAUUACAUAA